GCCUGGGUGAAUUAUUCAUCCUCCUGCAGUGUCUCUGCUUGGAAAGCUAUAAACUUCUUCUACUCCCCGUAUUUGGGAACACCAAGCUGCAAGAAUGUCUUCAGAGAAACCACCUGAGCCUUACAUAGUGCCCAUGGACGAUCAAAAGGCUAACACAGAGAAGAAAAAAAAUAAGCUGUUUGGGAAAAAAAAGGGGAAUAAGUCUGGCAAAAAAGUGGACACCUUGAAAAAGGAACUAGAAAUUAAUGACCACAAUUUAAGUAUUGAAGAACUGGAAAAGAAAUAUAAUGUGGAUAUAAAAGUGGGUCAGCCCCAGCAAACUGCAGAUGAACUCUUUGCUCGAGAUGGUCCUAACAGGCUAAGUCCUCCAAAGGGAACCCCUGAAAUCGUCAAGUUUAUGCUGUUGAUGGCUGGUGGCUUUUCUAUUGUCUUCUGGAUUGGUUCGAUAUUGUGCUUCAUUGCAUAUGGACUCCAGGUUGCACAGGACCCCACUGUCUCCAAAGACAAUCUCUGGUUGGCCCUCAUUCUAAUUGCUGUGGUGGUUAUGACAGCGUUAUUUGCCUAUUAUCAGGAAGCCAAAAGCACAAACAUCAUGGCUGGCUUUAAGAACAUGGUUCCCCAGCAAGCUUUGGUUCUUCGGGAUGGCAAGCGAGUAGAAUUGGUUGCAGAGAAACUCGUAGUUGGAGACAUCGUUUUCAUUAAAGGAGGAGACAAAAUCCCUGCUGACUUAAGGAUGUUGGAGAGUGCGGGGUGCAAGGUUGAUAACUCAUCACUGACUGGGGAGUCAGAGCCCCAGGCCCGAGGUACCGAGUGCACUGAUGAAAAUCCUUUGGAAACGAAGAAUUUAGCCUUUUUCUCUACAACCUGCUUGGAGGGAACAGCAUCUGGCAUUGUAAUUAACACUGGGGACCGCACAGUGAUUGGCCGUAUUGCUAAUCUGGCUUCCCAAGUUGGAAAUCAGAAAACACCUAUUGCUCUGGAGAUUGAACACUUCGUACACAUGAUCAGUGGCCUCGCUGUGGGAGUCGGAAUCCUCUUCUUCAUCAUCUCCAUUUCCAUGGGUUACAGCGCUCUCAAUGCCAUAAUAUUCUGCAUUGGUAUUGUGGUGGCAUAUGUACCUGAAGGAUUACUGGCCACAGUCACUGUCUGUCUUUCACUCACUGCAAAACGAAUGGCCAAGAAAAACUGCCUGGUCAAGAAUCUUGAGGCUGUGGAGACUCUUGGGUCCACCUCUGUCAUUUGCUCUGACAAGACUGGCACCUUGACACAAAACCGUAUGACCGUGGCACACAUGUGGUUUGACAACAUCAUCCACAAUGCUGACACUACAGAGGAUCAGAGUGGGGAGGCAUUUGAUCAGAGCUCCCCUAGCUGGAAGGCACUUUUAAGAAUUGCCACUCUUUGCAAUCGUGCAGAAUUCCUUGCCUGUGCAGAGGAUGUGCCCAUCAAUAAGAGACAAGUAAAUGGAGACGCAUCAGAAGCCGCUUUAUUAAAGUUCUCAGAACAACUUCAAGGUAACGUGUCAGAUGUCAGAGCAAGAAACAAGAAAGUGUCAGAAAUUCCAUUUAAUUCAAGUAACAAAUACCAGGUCUCCAUUCACAUACCAGAAAACCCAGCAGAAAAAGGCUACCUGUUGGUAAUGAAAGGGGCACCUGAACGGAUCCUGGAUCGAUGUGAAACUAUCAUGAUAGCAGGACAGGAAUGGCCUCUUGAUGAAGAAAUGAAAGAAAAUUUCCAGAAUGCAUACAUGACACUUGGAGGCCUUGGGGAAAGAGUUUUAGGGUUCUGUCAACUCUCACUGCCCCAUGAUGUCUAUGGACCAGGUUACCCAUUUGACACAGAAAAUGUCAAUUUCCCACUAUCUGGCCUGUGCUUUGUUGGUCUUAUCUCCAUGAUUGAUCCUCCUCGCUCCAGUGUACCAGAUGCCGUCAUGAAGUGCCGCAGCUCUGGAAUCAAAGUUAUCAUGGUGACUGGUGACCACCCAAUUACAGCAAAAGCAAUUGCACGGUGUGUAGGAAUCAUUUCAAGCACAAGUGAAACAGUUGAAGAUAUUGCAGAGCGACUGGGAAUCCCCGUUGAGCAAGUGAAUCCCAGGGAAGCAUGUGCUUGUGUGGUGAACGGUGGCGAGAUAAUCGACAUGACCUCAGAUGAACUUGAUGACGUCUUGAGACAUCACCAGGAAAUUGUGUUUGCCAGGACAUCACCACAACAGAAGCUUCUAAUCGUAGAGGGUUGUCAAAGACUGGGAGCCAUUGUGGCUGUAACUGGGGAUGGAGUGAAUGACUCUCCAGCUCUGAAGAAAGCAGAUAUUGGUGUUGCCAUGGGAAUAGCUGGCUCUGAUGCUGCAAAACAUUCGGCGGAUAUGAUUCUUUUGGAUGACAACUUUGCUUCCAUUGUCACAGGAGUGGAAGAAGGUCGGCUGAUAUUUGACAACCUAAAGAAGUCAAUUUCAUAUACAGUGACCAAGAACAUCCCAGAAAUGAUCCCUUUCAUGGUCUAUGUAAUUAUCAGCUGUCCAUUACCACUGGGUACCAUCACCAUCCUUUUCAUUGAACUGGGCACUGACAUUAUCCCAUCUAUAGCUUUAGCAUAUGAGAAAGCAGAGAAUGAUAUUAUGUUAAGAAAACCACGCAACCCGCGCAAAGAUCGACUGGUGAACCAGCAGUUACUGACAUAUUCCUAUUUUCACAUAGCUGCAAUGGAAUCGUAUGCUGGAUUUGUGAAUUAUUUCACAGUAAUGGCUCAGCAGGGCUUCCUUCCAAUUACAUUAAUUGGACUUCGUGCUCCAUGGGAGGACAAAAAUAUUCAGGAGUUGGAGGACAGUUAUGGCCAGGAAUGGACAUACACGCAACGUCUCCAUCAGGAGUGGUAUUGUUACUCGGCCUUCUUUAUCAGUAUUGUUGUCUGCCAGAUGAUGAACACAUGUAUUCGCAAAACAAGGAGAAACACCAUCUUGUCUCGAAAUUUCUUCAGAAAUAAAGUUAUAUUCAUCGGGCUGCUGUCACAAGUUGCUAUUGGUGUUUUCCUAUGUUAUUGCCCUGGAAUGGAUGAUGCUCUGCACUUUAUGCCUAUUCGAGUCCAGUACUGGUUUGUGUCUAUUGAAUAUACAAUCCUCAUUUUGGUUUAUGAUGAACUCAGAAAACUUCUCAUUCGAACAUUUCCAGGCAGUUGGGUGGAUAAGGAGCUUUAUUACUAAAGGAUCUAAAGCUAAAACACCUAAUGAAAAACCUUCACUCAUGGAAGAUCCUUUUAUUUUCAUGUGUUUUUCACCAAUGUAAAAUAUGUAUAUAUGUAUAGAAUAUAUGUACAAAAUGCUUUGUAAAUAUAUCUUUUUUAAAUAAUUUAAUUGUUCUACAACCAGUUGCUAUCCUUCUUUUCCAAACCCCAUCUCCUAAGUUGUAAACAUCAUUAAAAACUAAUAAAAAAUUUAAACAAA